CUCUCUCGCUCAGAUGAGUGCUCUUCCACUCAAGGUUUGAGAUCUUAAAGUCUUAGUCAAGUUUGUGGCAUUAUUUUUGUGUCCAGGCACAGCGGGGCGCUUUCGAGAUUCUGGUAUCGUUUUUUAAAGCUGGAUAAAGAGAUUUAUGGAUAAAAUCAUGAAGACACAAUUGCUGUUAGUGUUGAUGCUGUCACCUAUGUGUGUAACUGGACAUUUCAACUCAUGUCCUCGUGGAUGCGAGUGUUCACAAUGGAGAGUUUUCUCUGUCUCAUGCAUGGACAUUGACGUUAUUCCCACGUUUCCCUCAAAUACAGAAACAUUAAGCCUCUACGAGACAAGCCUGACCACCAUUCCUCAAGAUGCCUUUGCAAGUUUGGUCAAUAUCUCAAGAAUCUAUCUGUCCGUUGAUGUCUCUCUGAGUAGGUUAGAGAAGCAUUCCUUCUGCAGCCUGAGGAGGAUUACUCAUAUUGAGAUCAGGAACACAAGAAAUCUGACAUUCAUCCAUCCCGAGGCGUUUAAGAAUCUCCCUAAUUUACAGUAUUUGGGCUUAUUCAACACGGGUCUCAGCAUGUUCCCUGAUCUGACCAACAUCCACGCUGAGGAUUCAUACUUCCUGCUAGAGUUAAGCGAUAAUCCUUACAUUGCCGAAAUUCCUGCUAAUGCGUUCCAUGGUAUUACCAAUGACAUUCUGACAGUUAGGCUGUACAGUAAUGGCUUUAGGAAAAUCCAAAAUCAUGCUUUUAACGGGACAAGGCUGGACUCAGUGUACCUACACAGAAAUAAACAGCUGACACUGUUGGACGAGAGAAUGUUUGCUGGGACCAGCAGUGGCCCAAUGCUCCUGGAUGUUUCAGAAUCGGCUAUCAAUUCCCUCCCAACCAGAGGCUUAGAGUCACUUCGAGAACUCUGUGCUCGGAACGUCUGGACUCUAAAAAAACUGCCACCGAUUAAAACCUUCAGACACCUUGUUACAGCAGACCUGACCUACCCCAGCCAUUGCUGUGCAUUCAAGAACUUGAAGAAGAAAAGAGGGUUCUUGGAGGACAUAAUUUGUAACCUGACAGCCAGGUAUAGUCAACUCCAAAAAAGAUCCGUGGGCACUUUCAUUAUUCCUGGCCUACACAGCAGCAUGGAACCUGGAGUUGACACAGGCGAUACCCUCUUCAGAGACACCUAUGACCACCAGGACUUCUACAGCAGUCUGCAUUACCACACCUUCUUCGGUGGGCACCCGGAUGAUGACGUGGGUUUUGGGGAGACAUUGAAGAACCCCCAGGAAGACACCAGCCAUGAGUUUGAAAGUCGUUACGACUACAUUGUUUGCGAGGAGGGAGAGGAGGUUGCCUGUUACCCUGCUCCAGACGAGUUCAACCCUUGCGAGGACAUAAUGGGUUUCGGCUUUUUGAGAGUGUCCGUAUGGUUUGUCAGUUUGCUGGCUGUGUUGGGAAACCUGCUCGUGCUGUUGGUGCUGCUCACCAGUCAUUACAAACUGUCCGUUUCAAGGUUUUUAAUGUGCCAUCUGGCCUUUGCCGACCUGUGCAUGGGCAUAUACCUGUUGCUCAUCGCUUCUGUCGACCUCCAUACGCAUUCCGAAUACUACAAUCAUGCGAUCGACUGGCAGACCGGUCCGGGUUGCAACCUGGCUGGGUUCUUUUCUGUCUUCGGCAGCGAGCUGUCUGUCUACACGUUGACCACUAUUACCCUGGAGCGCUGGUACGCCAUCACCUUCGCCAUGCGCCUGGACCGCAAGUUGCGUCUGUCCCACGCAUCCAUCAUCAUGGUGAUGGGUUGGGUCGUCUGCCUCCUCUUGGCCCUUAUGCCUCUCGUGGGUGUCAGCAGCUACCAGAAAGUCAGCAUAUGUCUGCCCAUGGACACCCAGACGGUUGUGGACCAGGUCUACAUCCUUUUCGUGCUGGUUCUUAACAUCCUUGCUUUUAUAGUCAUCUGUGGAUGUUACAUCAAGAUCUACUGCGCCGUGCACAACCCCAGCCAUCGUUCCGCCAACAAGGACACCAGCAUUGCCAAGCGGAUGGCUGUGCUCAUAUUCACCGACUUUCUCUGUAUGGCACCCAUAUCGCUGUAUGCCAUGACGGCUGCAUUGGACCACCCGCUCAUCACUGUUUCAAACUCCAAGAUCCUGUUAGUGCUCUUUUACCCACUGAACUCCUGCGCCAACCCUUUCCUCUACGCCAUCUUCACCAAGGCCUUUCAAGGAGAUGUCUUUAUUCUGCUUAGCAAAGUGGGGCUCUGUCAACAACAGGCCCAAAUGUUUCGAGGUCAGACCGUAUCCUUUAAAGCGACCAGCAGACGUGAGAGGGAGCAGACGGGAGCGAAGGAAACCCCCAUCUCUCUGCUGGAUUACCCCGGUCACCAGCCAGCCGCGCUACAGCAGGAUGACAGUGAUGGGUAGGACGUGACACAACACGAUGACUGAAAUGUGGACAUCCAACAGGAUUGGAGUCAGUUAGACUGUGGUGCAGCAAAGACGACACGAACCACAUUUAUCACUUGAAGGGUCUGCUUUUAAAUAAUGGACUUAAAAUCUAUAGAAAUUCUAUGCUAUGCUGUCGUAUGCGUGUGCAGGUUUUAAAGCGUUCUUAAAACCAUGUACAUGUAAACGGCUGCUUUUAAUUCAGAUGAUCAUUUACGUUGUGUAAACUUGUGUUUUAUACAGCAGAUUAUGGGCCCUAUCGUACAGCCGGCGCAAUACAGCGCAAGGUGUGACGCAAGUGUUUUGCUAGUUUCAGCCUGACGCAGUUCUUAUUUUCCCAUCCUGUGCCAUGUUGUUUAAAUAGCAAAUGCAUUUGCGCCCAUUUGUGCCCCCAUGUGCAUGCUGGUCUGAAAAGAGGUGUAUUCAGGCGCAUUGUUGGAGCGUUGCUAUUUUGAGGAAGGAUUAAGUCAAUCGCGCAUGAGCAAAUCAGUUUCUUCGCUUGAAAAGCGUUCAGCUUUUCCACCAACAAACUCUGCCAUGUAAAUAGCGAUCCACCAUGGCAAGAGCGCAACUGCCUCUUAACUGGAAUGGGAGAUGACCCUAUGAUUGACCUACGCUUUAGACCAUGCACACUCAGACCCUCAAAAAUUGGGCCCCUGGAGUCUUCUUAUGUAAUGUCUAUGUGUAGAUCAUUUAACUGUGGAUGAGGUUUUUGGUGUUGAACAUAUUUUUACAUACUGUAUAAUUCAUUGUAAAAAAAGAGACUAACAAUAAAACCAUAAUACAAAAUAAUCUAAAUAAUUUGAUGUGCCACUGAUAGCCCCCCCAAACUCACUUCAUUGGUAAAAUUAUGUUGUGCAUGAUUAAAUAUAGCCACAGAGCCACAACUGUUAACAACUGUCAAUAAAUAAAAGCA